AUGGCGCGUGUUGACACGCAUUCCCUCCACGCAAUUCAAUUAAAACCAAAAAGUGCUAAUUUUUGUAAAUUUAUACUAUUGAUAGCUGUAACAACUUUUUUUUCUAUCGCGUAUUUUAUUGUUAAAAACCCUUUAGAUAUUUUAGAUGAUCCCUCAGAUCAAUUUAUUGUUCAAAGCGUUCCUAAGAGAUAUACUAAGCUAGAGAGCAUAGAUCCUGAAGAAAGAGACGUUUUUCAAGGGUUUCAGACAUCUUUCCUUCCCCCCGAAGAAAUAAUACUUUCGCAUAGAGACGCUCAUACAAAUCGUGAAAGUUAUGAAGGAAAUGUGACGAGUGAUAUAUUUAUAUGGAAUAACGAUGCCAGAAAACGCCAUGUUCCUACCAGGGUUAAGCGGAGAAGUCAUUUCACAUUCACGUCUCAAGAUUACGGAGUAUUUCACACUGAUGAAAAUUAUAUUUAUAGAAAAAGUAAAGACGAGGGAAAUGAGGAAGAUGAUGUCGAUGGAAAUGUAAAAGAUGUUGUUCACCCCGAACUGUACGUGGACCGUGGUCCACUUGACGAUGUAGAGCAAGUUCGCCGCCAACCAGAACUUGAAGAAGCAGAAAUGGGUUCUGCUGCUCACAUGUACAAGCCAGUUCGCUCUCACUUAGGUGUCCAUGCAUUUUGGAAAGGUCAAGGAGACAAGGAAACAAUACGACGUACUCAAGCAAACAUUAUGAAACAGUAUAUGGACAAAGAUGCAGAUCCUUGUCACGAUUUUUAUCAAUAUGCUUGUGGAAAUUGGCCAGCACUCAACGCCAUACCAGCCGAUAAAGCUGGUUAUGAUACAUUUGAAAUGUUAAGAGAAAAUUUAGACACAGUUCUAAAAGAACUUUUGGAAUUUAAGAAAAAUGAGAAAGUACCAACUAUUUAUCCCGGUUCACAUUUAGACUUAAAUGAUAAUUUCCUGACAAUUACUCAGCCGUCAAUCUGUUCAAGUAAAUCAGAUGAUAUGCAAAUUGACGUUAUAGUAACCAAUUCAAAGGAAAUUAUGAAAUCGGCAGAAAUUAAUAAAGUACAUGAAAGCAAAGCAGAAAUAAUUAAUCGCAUCCGUAGAUAUCUAGAUGAAAAAUCGAAACAGAUGAAGAAACCUUUAUCAAAUGUUAAAUUAAAGCUUUAUGAAAAACUCAAUAUUCAUAAGAAAAAAUAUUUAGGUAGACCAAAUCAAUACAAUAAAACUAGGAUGUAUGAAAAAAAAUCUAGACUCAGUACUUUUUGUAAUGACUACAAAGCAAAUAAACCAUUGAAAAGAGUUAAAAGAAAAGAGAUAAUUGACGAAUUAUUUUCAAUGCAUGGUAAUACCCACAUGAAAAUUGACGACGAUCCAGCGAAAGGCGAUGCUGCUUUAAAAGCCAGAUUUCUUUUUAAAUCGUGUAUGAACCACGAUAUCUUGCAUGCUAGAGGACAUCAGCCCCUUUUAGAUCUAUUAGAUAUUCUGGGUGGAUGGCCGAUAUUAAAACUAAAGUGGAAUGCAAAAAACUUUGACUGGUUAGAGCUUAUGGCAAAGUUAAGAUUGUACAACAACGACAUAUUAAUAUCAGAAUGGGUCGGACCAGAUAUAAAAAAUUCUGAUGAGUUUGUAAUUCAAUUUGAUCAAACUAGCUUAGGCUUGCCCACAAGAGAUUAUUUUAUACAAGAAAAUAAUAAGGUUUAUUUAGAUGCUUACAAAGAAUAUUUAAUUAAAAUUUCAUUAUUACUUGGUGGAGAGCUUGAACACGUAAAAGUCUCUGCCGAAAAGCUAAUUGAUUUUGAAAUAAAAUUAGCUAAAAUAACUUCAGCGCCAGAAGACAGACGCAACGUAUCAGAACUAUACCGACGAAUGACUCUCGCGAAACUUGAAAGCUUAGUGCCUCAAGUGAAAUGGAGGAAGUACCUUUGUAUUGUAAUGAAUAGAACCGUACAUUCGCAAGAGACUGUUGUUUUGUUUGCAUUAAACUAUGUUCGACACUUAGUCCAAUUGAUAGAGAAAACGGAUCCAGACACUUUAUCAAAUUACCUGCUGUGGCGUUUCGUGAGGCACCGUGUGAACAACCUGGACGAUCGCUUUCAGUCUGCGAAACAACAAUUCUAUUAUAUACUAUUCGGCCGAGAGCAAGCCCCGCCGAGAUGGAAGAACUGCAUCUCCCAAGUAAACUCAAACAUGGGGAUGGCGUUAGGAUCGAUGUUUGUCAAAAAUUACUUCGACGAAAUGAGCAAAAAUGACACACUAAAAAUGACAAGGGAAAUACAGCAGGCUUUCAGAGAAAUACUACAUAUGACAAAUUGGAUAGACGAUGAGACAAAAAAACUUGCAGCGCAUAAAGUGGACACCAUGAUGCUAAGAAUAGGCUAUCCAGAUUUUAUUUUGAAUAAAAAUGAAUUGGAUGAUCGUUACAAGGAAGUUAAAAUACACCCGAAUAAAUAUUUCGAAAACAUAUUGAAUAUUUUGCAACAUUUAACUAAAAUGGAACAAUCCCGUAUCGGUCAACCAGUAAACAAGACGCUAUGGAACACAGCACCAGCUGUUGUAAACGCGUACUACAGUCGCAAUAAGAAUCAGAUUAUGUUUCCCGCUGGUAUAUUACAGCCGCCAUUUUACCACAGGCACUUCCCAAGAUCUCUGAAUUUCGGUGGCAUUGGUGUGGUUAUUGGACACGAAAUCACGCACGGUUUUGACGACAAGGGUCGUCUGUUCGACUGCGAGGGAAAUCUCCAUCGCUGGUGGUCGGAUUCCGCAAUCGAAGCCUUCCACCAACGUGCGCAGUGCCUCAUUGAUCAGUACGGACAGUACGUUGUGCCUGAAGUCAGUAUGAAACUGGACGGUGUCAAUACACAAGGUGAAAACAUUGCAGACAACGGCGGUGUGAAGCAAGCAUUCCACGCAUAUCAGCACUGGCUUAGUCACCAUGAUUCCAAAGACGAGACGUUGCCGGGUCUCAACCACACGCACACUCAGUUGUUCUUCCUCAACUUCGCACAGGUAUGGUGUGGAGCUAUGCGCCCAGAGGCUAUGCGCAAUAAAUUAAAAACAGCUGUUCAUUCACCGGGCAGAUUUCGAGUUAUAGGGACUCUGUCGAAUUCCCUAGAUUUCGCCAGAGAAUUUCGUUGUCCACCUGGUUCUCCAAUGAAUCCGACACACAAGUGUAGUGUUUGGUAA